AUGGAGAUGAAGGAUGGGAUAACUGUCACCUCAUGUAUUCGCCUGAUGAUAGAUGUUCACUUCAUGUAUUGUCGAACAUACGACGACUUCAUUAUCCAUUGCUUUGCGGUCAUUGCAAAAAGGAAUAAAACCGGUCCUCUCCUUCGAUCUUCGGUGGUAACAAAGAGUGCACGACAACUAGGAGAAAGAAGAAAGGAAAAACUGAAUUUAUAUUGCAGCACAUCGGGAUUCACAACGUCUUUCGUAUUUCAGUACAACCUCAAUAAAAAUCCUUCUUUAGCGAGUGAUAUCUAUUCGAAACUUCUUUGGGGAAUGGAACUGCCGGCAUAUCGCAUUGUGAUGGUGUACAUUAAUGAGCUGAAGCGAAGUGCUGCUUUUAGCUAUUCAUUCAUGUUUGAUUUGUACAUCAAUACAUGGUACAUGAUCAAUUUAAAAAUCAAAGUAAAGUGA